GUUCUGUUCUUAUAAGUAAAGUCUAUAUAGUUUUUUAAACAAACGUUGAAGUUUCUAUAUCAGUUGGAAAUAUAUAUCAGAAACAAUUAGCUUUGAGAGACAUACUGCAAUGUUUUAUGAUGCUAAAAGUGGUAAAAGACUAAAAUAGUUCUCAACUACGCAACGUGUCAAUAACCUUAUAAUUCAGUUAGCCAGUUAAUGCUUUAUAAAAUACUCAAAGGUGAUCAUCUUUAGAUAUGUAUAGAAAAUAUGUAUCAGUGAUUUUACUGCAAUUAUUGUGUGUGAUCUUAUCUAUACAGUCGAUUUAUACAAAGAAGGAGGAGAUAGAGAGACUACAGACAGAAAUUGGUAAGCUCUCCCGUCAAGUUAUGCUACAACAAUUAUUUAUAGAAGAAAAAAUUCGAAGUGACGGCGAUUCAGGUUUGAAACAAACGAGAAUUAUAAACGUUGGAACAAAACCGUACCACUUUCCGACAACGAGAUCAAAACGGGGAGUUGCAGCCAUUCAUGAUCACUCCCAUAUGAAACGUACAAUCGGUGUCGGUGAAUUUGUUGCCGUGUUAAAUGGAGUUGAAUUCAGAACACGACAUAAUGAUCCUGAACUACGCAUGCCAAGUACUACAUCAAACAAUUUCUUAGAAACUGAAGAAAUACCUUUCCCUGAUGUUCCACCUGAGGUAAUACAGAAACCCACUGAGGCUGAACAGGUACAAGAAAUGCGCGAGUGGUUUAGGGCUUUUAAUAAUCAAAAUUACACAGAAAGGGACUAUCGCAAAUAUUUCAAACCUGUUCUGUGUUAUCUAGAGGGAAUGUGGGUCUAUGAUAACUAUUCUCAUAUGUUGGAACCAUUUUUAAGUGACAGGCAUCAGUUUGAUGCAAGCACUUUUUAUGACCUUGAAGAGAAAAUAAUGUUCACAUCUUACGGAGGACGAAAAGACGGUCUUGAAAAUUUUGGAUGGCUACCAAAAACUAUAAUUAAUAUUGAAAAUGGGAAAUCCCCAUUAUACGGCCAAUGGAUAUAUAGAAUUGUUUGUCAUCCUUUGAAGCGUGAUCUUCCAUUAAACCGUUUGCGCAUGGCCGAUGAUUUAAGCUCGAGAAUGAUGUUCCUACGUUCAGAAGAGGAGGAGAUAAAGACUAGACGUGCCCGUUUUAAACUAAAUCAACGUGACAGUAACGUCUGGAAUGAAAGAUUCAAUCAAAAUACCGCUUUAAUUGACAGCUUAAUGGGUGAAAUACCCGGAUUAGACAACUAUGGCGGUAACUUGACAGACGAAGCGUUAAAUCUUCCAGCAUAUAGUGCUGAUGGUAAAAACAUGAAAAAGAAAAAGUUAUUAAACAGUGCAUAUUAUCAUCGAUUUUGGGAGGAGAUUCGACCUGAUUACAUGCGUUUAUCGUUACGAAAACGAGCUUUUUCUGACAGCAAUCUGUUUAUGUCGAUGACAUCACAACCACAAGUUGGAGGAAAAAGUUUAAACUAUUGCACGAAAGAGGAAUCAUUACAGAACAAACCUUGUAAAUAUUACAACCAGCGAUGGUCAUAUGCUGUUCCAUUUGAAAUCAUAUACCUUAACCCACUUAGCAAUUGGAAUCCUUAUAAUAUUACCUACAAAGGUCAUUACAAGAAUGACCCGGAAGCACAAUACGUUACAGAGAAAGGGAAACGAAAUGGCGGUAAUGAUAUUCAUACAGCAUAUAAUGGUACAAAUAGUUGGUAUUUUUUCCAAACCCCACAAAGUUUUUAUAGUGGAAAAGAAAGGAAAAGGGGAAACGCGGGAAACGGAGGCAUCGGUGUGUUAGAUCGAACCGGAAAAGUCAGAUAUACCAGGUCAGCAGGUAUUCGGGUAUUUCUUCCAGAAAUUAAAGAUAUAGGGAUCAUUCGUCAGAGAUACCCAAUCAUGCCACUCUACAGCGAAGGUAACGCCGCGUAUAAAGAAAUGGAAUCUCUAAAAGACAUAGUUUUGGAAAAUAACAAAUAUCUGAAAAUGUUCCACAAUGUACUUGAAGAUGAAAGUAUUGAAAAAUUGAGAAAGAAACAGAUCAAAUUGUCUAUGAAAAGUGGGAUAACGCUGAUAAUGUCAAUGGCAACCAUAUCCAAUCCGGGUCCGCAUACUCAUUAUAUUGAUUUAUCAGCAGAAAACGUCAAAGCCUUAAAAUCGAAUAAAAAGUUAAAUGUUAGAAGCAGUGAGGAUAGUGGUCAUUUUCAUCGUGUUAAAAUUAUCUACCGACCACAUCUUAGUAAUCCAUUCGUUAUGAAACGGUGUGACAACAAAAGGAAAUGUUGGGAUGGACAUAAAAAGCUUUACCUUGAAAACGAGGCGCAAAUGCCGGAAGUCGAAGAAGCGGGAAAAGACGUAAAUGAAGACGAGAGACCAGAGAGUUAUAAUGAAUAAAUUUUACACUAAUAUUUUUCUGGAUCUGAACACUAAAAAAUUGCUCUACAGAAUAUUUGAUUAAGAUGGCAUUUAUAUGUAUGUUGCAAUUUGUUAUACCAGCUUAUUAUGGGGAUAAAUCAUUUUGACUGUGGCACUUGUAGUUUUAAUGUAAUUUUUUGUAAACGUGCAUAGCUCAGUGCAUGCGAACAAGCUUUCGGCAAAUUCGAUAACGGGAGGACAAUACUUUAAUCGCAAUACACUUCUGCAGAUUAUGAUAAAAUAAAAGUUAAUGUAUAUAACAAAAAUUUGCAAACACUGUGAAUAUACCAUUGAAGUAUAUAAACAUUUCAACUGAAUCCUGAAAAUUUGAUGUUUUAUGAGACUAAAAUAAGUCUCUGUAUAAGAGGGCCAAAUGAAGCUUGUGUGUUAUUCUUAAGAAAGGUAUACGAAUCAAACCUUCUUAUAAGUUGCAUGCUGGGUUUCACUUCACUUCAUCUACCAUGAAUUGAAUAUGAAGGCAUCCAAGCAAGAAACAACAUAUAAACAUAUGACAAAUACAAUAAAUUCUUUCAAAUUACAAAGCAAACUCAUCGAUUAAAUCAAUAUUGCUAUUGGUUUGUGCAAUUUGCAUUAGACAUCUGGUUUGUAGAAACUGGAAUUUGCAAAAGGGUCAUGAAAAUAUUAUGUGUAUUCCAAGGUAAUAAAUAAAAUAGCCUACUUUAAAAUGUAUAUUCAAAUAGUAGCUGGACAUAUACCCUUUAAUAUUCACAAUUAUCCAGCAUUGAUUUCAACUAACUUGUGCAAGAAUGUACACACAAUUACAUAUUGUUGAUAAAGUUAGUUUAAAAUCAUCAUUAUCGUCUUAUAUUUGCAGUCAAUUGUUUCAGAUCAAAAGCAAACAAAAAUUCGUUAAAAAUCUUUUG